AUGGUGCAUGCGAAUCCUUUAUGUGGCAAAUUUUUGAAACAAGUGUAUGGUGAAACUGUAGAGAAGAUAGCAAAUCGCAGCAACGGAGAUGUGGCAUGUGAUUCCUACCAUAAAUACAAGGAAGAUGUUGCCCUCAUAAAGAACAUGAAUAUGGAUGGAUACAGAUUCUCUAUUUCAUGGGCGAGAGUCCUACCACGCUUGAAGCCCUUUGUGACUCUCUCCCAUUUUGAUGCUCCCCAAGCCCUAGAAGAUGAGUAUGGUGGUUUCCUAAGUCGGCAGAUUGUGUAUAAUUUCCGCAAUUACGCGGAGCUUUGCUACAAGAGAUUUGGCGAUCGGGUCGAUGUUCCCCUUUGGAGAAACCCAAAUUGCACAGGUGGGGACUCAAGUACCGAACCAUAUAUUGGUGCACACAACCAACUUCUUGCGCACGCUUUAGCCGUGAAAUUGUACAAGGAGAAAUACCAGAAAUUGCAAAAGGGUAAUAUUGGAAUUAUGCUAUCAAGUAAUUGGUACGUGCCGUACUCCAAUUUGACAGUCGACUACCGUGCUGCACGUCGAUCACUGGACUUCGCACUUAGAUAG